CCGCGCCGGGCCGCUUAUUCAAACCCCUCCGUCCGCUUCCCCACUCCGCCCGAAGGAACGUUGCCACCGACCGACCGCAGUCCGCGACCAAGAUGCUGCCUUUCCUCUGCUUCCUCGUCGCCUCCGCCGCCGCGCUGCGGCACCACCACGCGGCGGCCGACGUGCCCCCGUCCAACAAGCUCAUCUUCAUCCUCGCCGGCCAGUCCAACAUGGCCGGCCGCGGCGGGGUGACGGGCACGCACUGGGACGGCGUGGUGCCGCCGGACUGCGCGCCCUCGGGCGCCAUCCUCCGCCUCUCCCCCUCGCUGCGGUGGGAGCAGGCGCGCGAGCCGCUGCACCAGGGCAUCGACGGCAACCGCACCUGCGGGGUCGGCCCCGGGAUGUCCUUCGCCAACGCCGUGCUCCGCUCCGGGGGCGCGCGCGGCGCCGCCGUCGCCCUCGUGCCCUGCGCCGUCGGGGGCACGCGGAUGGCCGAGUGGGGCAAGGGGUCGGAGCUGUACGACGACAUGGUGCGGCGCGCCCGGGUCGCCGUGGAGACCGGCGGCCGGAUCGGGGCCGUGCUCUGGUACCAGGGCGAGAGCGACACCGUGCGCUGGGCCGACGCCAGCGAGUACGGGCGCCGCAUGGGCGCCCUCGUCCGCGACCUCCGGCAGGACCUCGCCAUGCCCCACCUCCUCCUCAUCCAGGUUGGGCUGGCAUCAGGGCUUGGGCAGUACACCGAAGUCGUAAGGGAAGCUCAGAAGGGCUUAAAACUUCGGAACGUGAGGUUUGUCGAUGCGAUGGGGUUGCCGUUCCAAGACGGCCAUCUGCAUCUUAACACCCAGGCUCAGGUCCAGCUGGGACAUAUGCUGGCUCAGUCCUAUUUGACUUAUGGUACAUUCAAACACUAGUUCUCCCGGUAGCUCUAAAGGGAAACAUUAUUUAUUUGCUCUCUACUUUGGUUAAUUUCCUCUCUGAACUCUUCGCUGGCACCACCAUUCUUAAAAUUCAUGAAUUUGAUUGGUAUAAAUAUGCCAAUGUAAUUCAGUACAAGUUCUUCAUGAUCAAUGAGAAUGGAGAACCACCGGAGUCCUGCAGUUCCAUAAUGGAAGCUGCUUCCUUUUUUGCCAA